CAUCGCUCACUGUCACCGGGGAGGGGGCAGGACGGACCGAAGAGAGAGGAGUGACUUUCUUUCAAAAAUACAGCAGCAACCGGUACAGCAGCAGCGGGUAUGGAGGGUGUGAAACAUGGUUCACUACGGAAAUAAAUAACGGGACCGGACGAUAUUAUUUAAACCAAAAAAGAGGAGGGCGCAAAACACGGCGAAAAGUGGACAUUUCAAGAAAGAAGAAACUGGGUGAAGUCAGAGUACCACACGUUUCAGUGUUGAUAUUGGUAUUUGGCCACGAAUACCUGCCGAAAAUAGUCCCGACUCUGCUUUAUUGAGGCUCCUCUGUCCUGUGUGACCCCCUGACACAUAGAGAUGGUGAUGGAGGAGGGGGGACAGAGAGACAGAGGGAGGGGGACUCCAGUGACAGCAGAAGCAGAGGGGAGACAGAUCCUCGUAGAGCUUGGGGAGCAGAACUUGGAUGCCAUUUGUCUCUCUACGUAUCGAACAGCCUGCAAGCUCAGAUUCAUACAGAAGAGAUGCAACUUGCAUCUGAUCGACAUAUACAAUGUGAUUGAGGCGGUGCGGGACGCUGGUCUGAACGCUGUAGAGCUGAACGCCGGCAUCUCUGUGACCAGACUGGAGAACUUGGUGUCCUCCCUGUUCAACCAGCUCAGCAAGCGCCUGCCCACCACACACACCAUCAACCCGCGAGAGAGCACCGUCCUGCUAGUUGAAUUUAUACUGGCCGCCAUUGACGGUGAGCCUGACAGCCGUCUGACGGUGCUCUCUGUGAAGGCGAUGCUAGCCACACUGUGUGGAGGGAAACUGGUAGAUAAACUCCGCUAUAUUUUUUCUCAGGUAUCGGACUCCAGCGGUGUGUUGGUACAGUCCAAGUUUGAUGGUUUUCUGAGGGAGGCUCUCAAGCUGCCCACCGCUGCACACGAAGGCCCGUCCUUUGGCUACACACACACCUUAGCACGCUCAUGCUUUCCACAACAGAAGAGGGUGAUGCUCAACAUGUUCCUCGAUAUCGUAGCUGACCCUCCUCCGUGUCUUGUCUGGCUGCCUCUCAUGCACCGCAUGGCCAACGUGGAGCAUGUUUAUCAUCCCGUGUCAUGCUCCUACUGUCGUGGCAACAGCAUGACGGGCUUCCGCUAUCGCUGCCUCCGUUGCCGUGGGUACCAGCUCUGCCAGAACUGCUUCUGGCGUGGCAAUGCCAGUGGCUCUCAUAGCAACCAGCAUCAGAUGAAGGAGCACUCAUCCUGGAAGUCAUCAGCGACAAAGCUUGGCCGAGCCCUGAGCAGGACUCUGGGCUGUGUGUCCUCCAGAGAGCCCCCUCAUCCUAUUUACCCAGAGGAACCUGAGAGGACCCUAAACCUCUCCAACAUAGUCCCCUCUCGCCCCACUGGGAACACCAGUGAAGCCAUGUUGCUGUCCUCAUCAGUGCCCGAGUCCUCCACAAGUUUGGCAGCCGCUCAGCGUAUGAAUGAGGAACACGCUCUGAUUGCUGCGUAUGUGAAUCGCCUCCAGACCACCCCAAGUAGUGUGGACAGUCCCAGAAGAGAAGAUGAAGAGCACAAACUGAUCGCCCGCUACACCUCCCGACUGGCAGAGACUGACAGCACAGGAGUGAUACCUAACCGGAGCAUCAACUUUGAUGUGAACAAACAGAAGAGGGAGCUCAUUGCUCAGCUGGAAUGCAAAAACAGAGAGAUCUUGGCAGAGAUCAAACGUCUCCGUAUAGAACAUGACGCAGCGUGCCAGGCCAGUCCGGGGAAAGGCAGCACCAACCCGACUCUGCUGGCCGAGCUCCGUCUGCUCAGACAAAGGAAAGAUGAGCUGGAGCAGAGGAUGUCAUCUCUGCAAGAGAGCAGGAGGGAACUGAUGGUGCAGCUCGAGGGACUGAUGAAGUUGCUCAAGGAUGAGGAACAACGACAGGCAGCGCAGGCGGCUGGUUCUUCUCACACCUCUCCUUCUCGACCGAGCCCAUCAACCGUCCGCUCCGUAGGCGCUGCAUCUCCCCAGGCUCACAUGUACGCUCCUCAAGAUUCCCUCGCUGGGGUUGGUGGUGACGUACAAGAAGCAUUUGCCCAAGGCCCGAGAAGGAACCUGAGGAAUGACCUUCUGGUAGCAGCCGACUCCAUCACCAACACUGUGUCCUCACUGGUCAAAGAGCUCCACUCUGAUGAUGUUCGGGAGGAAGAGGAGAGAUUGCUAAACGGGAAGGAUAGAGGUGCUCUCUCUCGUCUGCAUUGCAGCAAGCUUCAUAAAUAUGCCAUCUCAUUAGCCAUGCUUUAUGGAGCCCCUCCUCUAUACAAGAGGACCGCCUGCAGAGACGAAGCGGUGAAACUACUUCCUGGUCUGCUCACUGAGCCCAGACCAAACGCUUAUAAGAAUACUAACCUGCAGUACUAACCCACCGACCCCCGAACAGCCAGACAGACAGGAGGCCAGGGUUCAGCCCCACCGUGCAACACACAGGUUAAAAUGAUCGCAGGACAAACAAAAACAGCAGAGUGAUGUUUCAUCAAAGCCAAAGAAGACUGACCCUGCUGGAAUUGAAAUAUAUCUUAUUUUAAUCGUUAGUCAGUGGGGGUUAGAGCUCCACUGCCAAUCAACCAAUCGCGAUGCUGGACACCAAACGAC